GAUGGCGCUGGCGUUGCCGGGAGCGCUCCCUAGGCCGGGGGUUAGCGCGCGCCCGCAGGAGGUGGCCGCGAUCCUUUCGCGGUGUGGCGUGCUGCAGACCUCCGUGGCCGUCCAGAGGGGAUUUAAUUAAGCCCAGAGCGAUAAAUCCCCGAGCCACUGGGGGGAGAUUGUGAACGCGCGCUUGUGGCGGCGCUUUGGGAACUGAGUAAAUGACGGGAGGAAAAAUAGAGCUCUUCGAAGAAAGCCGAAAAUGUCCCAAGUCAUGCUUCUUCCAGUGAUUCACAGAUGCUCUGGUCCCGGGUUUAAUGGAAUUCUAUGAAGUGGCAAUAUCACACUUGACAGCCUGCUGAGUUGACUGCCUUUUUAAAUAAAUGUUUUUGAGCAGCCAUGUUGACCUUUAAUUGGGGUGAAAAGGUUGAAAAAUGCAAGAGGAAACAUUGUGAGUGCCAGGCCCCUCUGGACCCGGCUAUCUGGACCCCAUCUUUGCUUUAUUGGGAAGAAGCAGCCCUCUGGGCUGUGGACAGUAAAAGAAUAAAUCAGACAUUACAGUUCUCAACAAAUACUUAGCCACCUCGCUCACCCCUGACAAAUACCAGCUAAUACAAUUUUUAAUGAGUCCAAGGGUAAAAAGUCUCUGACAGUUGUCACUAAUGUGAAUAGGUAUCUGAUUGUUUCUAAAGUGGGUUUUUGUCUGACUAAUCUUUAUCCUUAUUCUUGUUAAUUGUGUUUAUAUAAAACUGUAUUUUAGUGUUCUUUUAGAAAAAAAUAAACUGUGUGGUCUAGCAUGACCCAAAGAUGGUACUUAGACUAUGUUAUAUCCCAACAUUAGUAGUGUGUUUCCCAACCUAAGAUGGGCUCCUAUGACUAUAUUACUUUAGUUAAUGAGCUACUCUGGCUGUCUCAGUAGAACACUGAACAAGUUGAGCUGGCUCUUAGAGACCACAGUCAUCUCCUUCAGUAAUAUUCUGUGGAGCAGCUUUACACAAUGCUCAUGAUGCACUCUCCCAAUAUUUAGAAGUGCACACGUGAAGUGUUUACAGGUAAACUGCAGAGCAUAAAAGCAUGCAAGGGGUCCCACAUGGCAAUGGUGCUUAUCUACAAUGCCGGCACUCUAGUUGAAGCUGACAGAUCUCGAGUUCUGGACCAGGCUGAAGACAGAGUGAGCCCUUGUUUCAGCAAACAAACCACCACCAGCAACUGGAGGCACGGAAACAAGCUCUAAGCUUUCCUCCCUGUUUGCUGGGGUCCACUUGAAGCUACCUUCCAGACAAAGAUCAAUAGUUUUUGUCUCUUUGGCUAGAGGAAUAUGCAGUUUUAUUUAGACAGACUAUCGGCAGGGAUAUACAUCAGAAGAAACAAAAAGAAAGCCGGAAUAGCUCUUGAAUGGGAUUUUAUUCCUACUGGCAAUUCUUUUGAAGGGAGAUACCCUCGGGCUCAGAGGCUGGAAGAUGUACACACACUGGUGCUUGGCAAGGGUCCCCCAGCCAUCGCCCAUCACAUUGGAAAACUAGAGAGCGGGCCAACCAUGGACAGAAAGGGCUACUUUUCAGUCAGACAGGACAAUGAAUUAAGAUGCUCUGGUUUCAAGGAAACAGCCUGCAGAUUGCCAAAUCCUCAUUUGGACUCUUGCGAAAUCUCUCUGCCUCUAACACCACUCUGCCUGUGCUGACCUUAUUCACAAAGAAUCCCUGCCCACUCUGUGAUGAAGCCAAAGAAGUCCUCAAGCCUUACAAAGACAGGUUUAUUUUACAGGAGGUGGACAUCACACUUCCAGAAAAUGCUACUUGGUAUGAACGGUAUAAAUUUGACAUCCCCGUCUUCCACCUGAAUGGCCAGUUUCUGAUGAUGCAUCGAGUAAACACCUCCAAGCUUGAGAAGCAGCUUCUGAAACUUGAGCAGCAGGUGCUGGAGACAAACUGACGUCUCAUGAGUUCCUCCCUCUCUGUCAGAAGGCAUCUGCCCGAGGGGGUGACUGGGAUCUUGGAUGUCCUUGUCACUUUCAAGGUGCCCUUAUGAUGGUAUCACAUAAAUAUGUUGCCAUUAGUCCUCUGUUUGAUGCAAGCACCUACAUGAGAACAGUCUACGUAUGGGCAUUUUGUAACCUAGUGCACUGUAUGGAAGGGGAAGCUGUAGGCAGGGAGGGAUCUGUUUGGUGGUUAUUGUUCCCUUUUGUGUGAAUGUGGAAAUACGUGUCGUGCCCUGGACAGUGCCCUGAUAGGAAGGAGGUGCUGCAGUCCUGCUGCUAAGCAGCCCUAUUACUUUUAGUGGCGUAAAUGCUCUUCCACUAAAUAAACUGAAAUGUGAAUUGUUAAUAACUGUGCACAGUCAAUAAAGGGGUGUUUUAAUGAAUACAUCUGCACGCAGCUAUUUCAGUCGAAUUUAAUAAUACCUGUUUAAAAUUAGUGUUCACUUUUGCUGAGUAGAAGAGAAUAAUUAUCCUAGCCAAGGAGGCUUCUCUUCAGAAAGACAAAGGAGAUUUACCCCUCCAGAAUGUAUAUAACAGACUCCGCUGUUGAUGUCACCGUGGAAUUGACUUGUAAUGUUGAAGACUGCCUUAAGUUCUCAUCAGUUAAGUUAGUUCAACUAAUUGUAAGAUAGUAACUUUGUCAAAUUUUAGUGUUUUGGGAAAAUUCAUUUUCAUCGUAACUGAACAUAUAUGUAGAUAAAUCUAAAUAAAAAGCACCAUGUUAUAUAAAGUAUUAAAAUGUAGUUUGUACCCUUA